AUGGGAGGGGACGGGGCACCCCCUGACCCGUGUGCUGCACACACAGGGGUGUUCCAGGAGAUGGCAAAGCUCGAGUGUCACUUCAUCAACGGCACCGAGCAGGUGAGGUACAUGGAGAGGCACAUCUACAACCGGGAGCAGCUCGUGCACUUCGACAGCGAUGUGGGGGUGUUUGUGGGGGACACCCCGUUUGGGGAGAUCCAGGCCAGGCACUGGAACAGCGACCCAGAAGUGAUGGAGUACAGACGGUCUGUGGUGGACACGGUCUGCCAGAACUGGUACAACAUCCCGUUCCUGCUGAACCGCAGAG